UUCUGAAUAUUUUUCAGAUGUAGUCUUAAAGAUGAUUAAGUUAUUGACAGGCAGUUUGGAUACAGUAGAAUUUCAGAAGGAAAUGAAAGACGUUCUGCAUGUUUUCUUGCAAUAAAUACCUGUGUUACUGACUUUGAUAAGUUAAUCUCCUCGAAUAGCAGAGUGAAAGAGUCGCCGAUAUAAGACGCGACAUUCAACUAAAAUUGGUAUUAAAGAAUCACAACUGUAUCAAAACAGACGCAUAAACUGAAGGAAUAUAUAUAGGUACAUAGGAAAGUGUUAAAAAAGUGAUUGUAGUGGAACAAGACAUCUAUCCAAUCAGAGGGAAGCUCAUUUGCAUAAUUGUGUAGUAACCAGUCAGAUCUGUGGGAGGCUUGUUGACUUUGAGAAAAUAGCGACCAGUCUGAUAAUUUGUCUGAGUGUGAGGGUUAUCUCAAGGGAUGCCACCUACGGCUGAUAAUUCGAUAGUUGGACUUCGUACACAAGUGUCUUUAACUUCACAAAGUAGCCAAUUGAUCCAUGGGACUAUGAAAGAUAUUGCUGCCAUGUCUGGAGAUGCGAGCCAACAUAACGGCUUUCCGUCUUCAGAAAACUGUUCUCAUGAAAGAAAAUCCUCAAAAUAUGACUUCUUUUACAAGGAACCGUGUUUAUAUUCACAAAGAAUUUACUCAAAUGCCGCUAAAGUGUUCAGCAGUUUGAAGCACGAGAGUCGUGAGGAAUUAGAAAAUCCUUACAAAAGGCGACAACAGGAACUGAACGGUGUGCAAAAAUCGUCAAAAACUGCAAUAACAGACUUGGAAUUUGAUGAUGAUAAUGAGAAACGACUGACGUUUGAGUUGGCUUUUGAAACUCUGAAAUAUCAAAGAGUGUUCGAAGAUUUAUUACAAGAGUGUUCAUUUUUCACACAUUUUCCUGAGUGCCAGGAAGAUGAAUCACUUGUAUUUGUUGUUGUCUGGGACUAUCAGAGUCGCAAGUUCCAGCAGCGAACCCCAUUCAAGGAAGAACAACUUAACCCUAUUGUGCAAUCCGUGGAAGAGGCAAUUAUAGAAUAUAAAACAAAGCUGAAUGCAUCCCUCGCGAGGCAUCGGAUAAAAGCUAUGGCCCCGUCCAUCGAGUAUUUGUUACCAGACAAAGUGAGAAGUAAAGAAGAAAUUCGCUCAAAGCUGCCAGUAUAUGUGUGGGUGAAUCAGCUUAAAACAACAAUGGAGACUGUUAUAAGUCAGUUUAAAGAUGACCAUUACACUUUAAUCAACGAUGAUGAUAAUUUCGAUGGGAAAGUUCUGUAUGUUGAUCAUCAUUGUUCGGACAUGAUUGUGCUCCCCGCUGACAGCAGAGAAUAUAUUCUAGAUCACGAUCUCUUACAGUCAGGACAUAUUGUAAUGCAGGAUAAAUCCAGCUGUAUAGCUCCACAGUCCGUAAAGUAUUUAAUUGGUGAUGAUGAUGAUGUCAUACAUGUAAAUGUAGGGUCAGGGGUCACGACAGCUCAUAUAGCUAGUUUAAUGAACAACUCGUCAGGACAUAUUCUGGCAUUUGGUGCAAUUGAGGGAUCAGCAGUUCAGCAUACAAUGGAACGAUUUGGUGCUAAAAAUAUAAAGAUUCAGACAGAGUCGUUCCUGGAUAUUGAUACAGACGACAACAAAUAUAAGAAUGUUAAAGUGGUGUUGGUUACUGCAGAUUGUAGUAAGUCUGGGAUAGCUAAUCCCAUAGACUUUGUGGUCAAUGAAGGAGAAGAUAUGAAGAUAUUAAAGUACCUGUCACUAGGGGAGACAGACGAUACCAAACUUGGAGAAAUGAUUGCUAACCAUGGAAAAGUUCUACGGCAGGCCAUGAAAUUAAGCAAAGUACAGGCUGUUGUUUAUAUGACCAGAUCUGUGAACGAGUCAGAGAAUGAAAAUGUUGUCACUAAAGCUGUAGAGCAGACAAAUAUGAUACAGCAACGCAAGUUCCCUUACAGAGUUGUUCCCCCUGUUUUACCAUUCACAGGAAGUGAUAUUGAGAAAGGCAUUGGUAUUUGUGGGAAGUUCAUAAAGUUUCAACCAUCAGAGAAAAACAGUGGAUGCUUUGUUGCUGUCAUUACAAGAGAGCCUGAAGAUAUCAAAGAGGCAAAUAAAGAUAUCUUAGAACGAGCACGUGCCAAAGGUCUGUUAGGUGGCAAGAAGAAACAGAAGAAAGCUGUUGAACCAGAGGUUAUCGCCAACGGUGAUGCUGAGGAAGGUGACGAUGAGAAGCUUUUAGAAAGACGUGUUAAACGUUCACCUAGGAAGUUGCGCCCCACGCAGUCUUACCCAGCAGAUUUCAAUUAUUCCAAACCAUCAGCAGUGAGCAUCGUUAAAGCUCAGAUCAACAGUGCUAAUCCUAUACAAGGCCACAGAGCAACCAAGUCUUCAGCUGCAAUUGGGGCACGGCCAAGAGUGCCUCGUCUUAGACCUCUUGCGGAACCAAUUGAAAAGAAAGAUAAACCACUGAAAGUUUCUGAGCAUGUUAAAGUUGUGAAACAUCCCGCUCCGUUCAGCUUCAAGAAUUCCCGUUCAAAGCCUUACAAAUAAAAUCUACUAGAAGGGGCCACAACUGCGAUUAUCCUGUUAUGUACAGAAACCAAACUGUGCCUUAUUGCCUCCCUUGUGAUAUAUAAACAAAUACGAUCUCUUAUUUGUAGAAAAAGGAAAAAGAAAAAACCAAAGACACUUGUGGGAUAGGUAAAACUGGUAUUGUUUUCACCUAUGAAUUGAAAUACAUAAAAGUCACUUUUAUAGUAUCUGUUCACAAAAUGGCUACCUGCUAAAAAAACAAAAAAGCUCAAAAUAUGCCUACCUGGCAAUUCAAUGAACAUGCACUGAAAUUAAUGGCAUAAACAAGCAUCAAUGAUGUGUACAAUUACUCUAUGUAUCUGUAACAUUUUGUUCUACAAGCUACAAAACAAUUUUUGCAUUAACAUUGUUUUCUGUUACAGCUAUGAUUUUGUACUGGAGACAUGAAAAUAAAAACUUUUGCCAAUCAAAAUAUGUACUUGAAAAUCCAUCUGUUUUAGCAAGAGCCUAUUAAGCAUGAAUUGUCAAUUUUACACACACACAAAUAAUUUUCAUUUUUUAUAUUUUCAAUGAAGGAAGCAUGAUAAUUACAUAAGAAUGGCAAAAAAAAAUCACUAGAUUAAUUUCUAUUUUUUUUAUAUACGAGUAUCAGUGUGUGACUUCUGUAUUUCAAAAUUGCGUGUUAGCUUAAAAUAUUUAGUCUAACUUACAUCCAGUCUGUCAAAAUUUGUAUGAAGACCAAAUUUGUAAUGGUUACUUCUUUCAGAAAUAUAAUUUAUGUGGCCUAAGGGAAAAAAAUCAAUACUUUUACAUAAAUAAAUGACAUAUUAGAACGCAAUCAGUAAAUAUGUAAUAUAAGCUAUACAUUAUAGCGAAUAGGAAGAAAGAAAGCAUUGUUAGUUUGUUACCUUAAUUGUUAAUAAUAUAUUGACUUCACUUCUAUUGCUUUUUAAGAAUAAUCACAACUUUGGCAUGUAUGGAAUGAAUACAUAAACAAGGCAUGAAAAUAUAUGAUUGCAGUUAUAUUGUUGUUGUUGUUUUUGUUUUUUCAAACGUGUAUGCAUGCAUAUUUGAUUAUUAUUAUCAAUGUUUUAUGUAAGAAUGGGUAUGCCAUAUAAAAAUGUAUAUCAAAUAUUGAACUAACAUGAACUGUAAGACUGAAAUACUGGUGUAAUAAUGGUGCGACAUGUUUUUCCUUCGUUGUGAAGAAUUUUCAGACAUACUGUUUUCAUGUUAAACAAUUGCUAUAAAACUUAAAUUUUAUUGUGAAUAACUCGAUCUGUUUCAGUUCUUAUUUGCAUUUGCAAGGUCUCAAAAAAUAAUAUUCUGAAGUCAAAUUCAGUUGUACAUGUAAUUUUUUUGUAAUAUAACAAUACAUGAAUAUGUUUGCAGUUAAUCUGCUAUAAAAGUUCGCAGUUUAUCUGCCCUCAAAAUUAUUUUUUAUAUUUUUUUUCUCUUGACUUUUGAUUAGGAAUUUCACAGGUGGAUUGUUUAGAUGUUUAGACAAAACUUAAAUUAAAAAGUAUGUGGAAUAAGUAAAAAAUAUUUGGAAAUUAAGUAUAUUUUGCCACUUUCAGAGAUAUUUUCGCAGAUGAAAUAAAAUAAUAUGAUAUUAAUUGUAAUUUUCUUCAUUAUUUCAAUGACCAUGUAUAUUUGUAGAAGUCAAAAAUAGAUUUUAUCUGUUCUGUUUAGAUAAUAACAGUAUUUCUUUUUGUCAAUGCACCACUUACAUAGAGAAUGUUGACAAAUUAAUGAAAUGUAUAUAAUGGUAUGUGGUUAACAUACAUUGUAGAUCAAUUUAAGCAAAUGCCUCUAGAUUAAUGCUUAUUUUCUUGAACAUUUUGAAAAUAUAUCUAAAAAUGAACUAUUUUGAAGUGAACAAAGAAAGAAAUUUAAAAAAAUUGAAAACAGCAUUUACAAUCCAUGAAAAUUGCCAAAAAGAGGUCAAAAUAUACAAAAAUAGUUCUUACUACGUAAUGCAUGUAAUAGAAAUGUGGUGAUAAAUACUGCAAAGUCGGUCAUUAAUGGCACAUAGCAUGUAAAUUAUUUCUUGAAUUCUUAAUCUUUUAUUCUUUUCUUAAAAUCUUAGAACAUUUUUAGUUUGAUUUUCUUCAAAUAUAGUGGCUUAUCUGGAGGCAUACAGCUUUAAGACUAUUUGUCAAGGGAUAUCAUUUUUAGGAAAGAUUGUAAUACUAUUUUAAAAUGCGAGAUAUGUAUACAUAUAUUAUUAUUUUUCACAUGUUAAGUUACACUACAUACACAUAGACUUGUUUUUGUUUCUAUUGUAUAAAAAAUGUUUUUUUAUUAUAUGGUAGGAGACAUUUUAUUGACGAUGUAUAUUCAGUGUAUGUUCCUAGUUGUUUGUUUUGUUGUUUUUGAAAUGUUCUAGAACCCUGUGAUGUCACUACUGUUGAAAAUAUAAGUAUAAAUAUAUAUUUCUUCGUAUAUUUAUUCAUAUUAAUUUAUUUAAAAAAAAAUUGAACAGUUAUUCAAUAAAAAUUGAAAAUUUGAA